CAAGACCGAAACAAAGGAAGAAGGAUUAUAGUUUGGGAUGACUGGGACUAGAGAAAAACUUCAUGUUCACGCCAUAUAACCUCAACCCAACCUUUUUAAAAAAAAUCUGGAUUGAAUUAAUCUGCAAUCUGAUGACUGAGUUUAAAAGGAGCCGGAGAAAAUUGUCUUAGACCCUGUGAUCAUGGGAGGGAGCCUAUGGAUCUUAUAGCACACUUUCCUAAGGAAGAUGGACAAGGGGGGUCAUCCGUAAAUCUCAGGACCAGCUAUUAUGAAUCUCUCCUCCGUGGAUUAAAAUCAGGCCAAUGCUGGAGAAAAGAUACCCCGUGCUGUUCUUUCAGAUCAUUUCUCCACAGAACUCAGGUUUAAGUAUGGAUAUUCUUGACAAAGAGAAGUUUGUGAAUGUCACCAAAAACUCUCUAUUUCAACUGAACCAUGACAGGAAAUUGUAUAACAGUGAAUUUGGAACAGGAGGAGCUAAUAUAUCUGACAAUUUCAACUGGACCCAGGGUUCGGAAAAUUUAACGCAUCUUUCUCCGGAAGGAAGUUCGUUUUCUUUGGAAAAAAACUGGCCAGCCCUGCUAACGGUCACAAUCAUUGUGAUAACCAUUGCUGGAAAUAUAUUAGUGAUCAUGGCUGUAUCUCUGGAGAAGAAGCUUCAGAAUGCCACUAAUUAUUUUCUCAUGUCCCUUGCCAUAGCCGACAUGCUUAUAGGCUUCCUUGUGAUGCCCAUCUCCAUGUUAAACAUUCUCUAUGAUUAUGAAUGGCCUUUACAUAGAAAACUGUGUCCUAUCUGGAUUUAUUUGGAUGUACUUUUCUCCACUGCUUCUAUCAUGCACCUCUGCGCAAUCUCUCUGGAUCGGUACAUUGCAAUAAGAAACCCUAUCCAUCACAGCCGCUUCAACUCAAGAGCAAAGGCUUUUGCUAAAAUAAUUGCUGUGUGGACAAUAUCUGUGGGUAUAUCCAUGCCAGUGCCUGUGUUGGGACUGCAGGAUGAUAGCAAAGUGUUCAACCAAGAAAACUGCUCUUUGUCAGAUGACCACUUUAUCCUCGUUGCAUCUUUUGUUGCAUUUUUCAUUCCUCUAAUCAUAAUGGUGGUCACAUACUUUUUAACAAUAAAAUUGCUACAGAAGGAAGCAGACCUUUAUUUUAGUAACCUUGGGGCAAAAAGCAAGCUAGCUUUUUUUAGCUUUCUCCCACAAACGUCUAUUUCUUCAGAAAAGCUAUUUCAACGUUCCCUGCAAAAGGACAUCGCUCCACAUGGGAGGAAGACUAUGCAGUCCAUCAGCAAUGAGCGGAAAGCCUCCAAAGUCCUGGGCAUUGUAUUUUUCCUCUUUGUGAUCAUGUGGUGUCCAUUUUUCAUCACCAAUGUGAUGGCAGUUAUCUGCAAAGACUCAUGUAAUGAACAUAUUAUAGGAGAACUGUUGAAAGUCUUUGUGUGGAUUGGUUAUCUAUCUUCAGCAGUUAAUCCACUGGUGUACACACUGUUCAACCAAACGUACCGUUCUGCUUUCUCUCGUUACAUCCAGUGUCGGUACAGGGAGGAGAAAAAGCCUUUGCAAUUAAUUUUGGUGAAUACCAUCCCCGCACUGGCAUACAACUCAAGUCAGCUGCAACUUGCACAAAUGAAGAGUUUAAAGAAAGAAAAAAAAAUGAAAACGAAUGACUACUCCUUGGUUAGUAUAGGCUUACCCUCUUUGGACAAAACUAAUUCUGGAGCAGGAUCACAAAAUGAAAAUGUUAGUUGUCUGUAA